AUGCUGGCCCGCGGCGCGCUCUGCCGCUUGGCGGCCGGGGUGCCCAAGCAAGCUGCCCACGACCUGCCCAAGCUCGCGACCCUCGUCCAGGCGGCCCGCAGCGGCCUCUCGCUGCCCGUCCGCUCUCUCGCGCACGUGAUUCAGCUCCAGACGCGCUCGUACGCCACCACCAAGGCCCAGAAGGACCCCGCCGCGCCGGUCAAGAAGGCCGUCAAGGCGAAGGCGGCAGCGGGCAAGAAGGUGACCAAGACGGCCGUCGCGAAGAAGGCCCCAGGCAGCCAGGCGAAGACGACCAAGAAGAAGGCCGCGCCCAAGAAACCGGUCAAGAAGCUGGUCAAGAAGCCGGUCAAGAAGCCGGCUAAGAAGCCCAAGAAGGUGCUCACAGAUGAGGAGAAGCUCAAGGCCGUGGUCCGGGAACUGAAGAAGGUCGCGCUCAAGGAGCCCGUUGCCCGCAACAGAAUCUCCACCUUCAACGUCUACAUCGCAGAACAGGUCAAAGGGAGCGCCGGAAAGGCAGCUUUGAGCCAGAGCGCAGCGUCCUUCAAGGACAUCUCGCCUGCUGAGCGCGAGAAAUACAACCAUCUGACCUCUGAGCGCAACGAGGCCCGGCUUGCCGAGUACAACGCCUGGGUCAAGUCCCACACGCCCGAGCAGAUCCGUCUUGCAAACAACGCGCGCAACCUCCUCAGGAAGAAGCUCGCGGGCAAAUACAAGCGGCAAGUCGCGCACACCCAGCCCAUCGAGGACGACCGCAUGCCGAAGCGCCCGAGCUCUGCCUGGGCUUUCUUCUUCGCCGAACGCCAGGCAAGCUCAGACUUCCACGGCAUCGCCGUUCCGGAGAGGGCCCGGCUCAUCUCCGCUGAAUGGAAGGCGCUGAGUGCCGGUGAGAAGCAGCGAUUCGAAGACCAAGGUGCGGCCGAGAGGCAGAGGUACGCCCGCGAAACGGCGGUACUCGCGAAGGCAGCUUAG